AUGUUCUUCUCAACAAACAUCGCUCGUCCACUGCAACUGGCCACUACCGCCAUGCGGUGGAGUAGCGCUGUCAUUGUCAUGGGCCUGACCUCGUUCUUCAUCAACCGCGGUCCCCGUGGUCAGCACACUAUCUACCAAGAAGUCAUUGCUGUCCUCUCAGUCGUCUUCUUCCUCCCGGCUUUCAUCUCGCCAUUCCUACCCUCGUUGAGCAGAUUCGUGCUCGCUAUCGACGUCGUGUUCUCCUACCUCUGGUUGACUGCCUUUAUCUUCUCCGCACAAGACUACAGUACGAGACGGUGCUACUUUGCUAUUCCCGCGGGUCUCAACUGCAAUAGCAAGAGAGCCAAUGAAGCUUUCAUCUUCCUAGCUUUUAUCUUCACCUUCUUUGGAAUUUUCCUUGAAACCGCCGCUCUAUGGGCCUAUCGCAGGGAAAACACCGAACGCAGCUAUGAGGAUAAAGUCCAUAUUGAGACCCGUCCACCUCUUGAUGCGCCUGCAGUCCCUGCAGUUCCUGCUGGAACUGUCUAA